AUGGCCAUGUUUUCGCAAACAGGGUGGGCUGGGGCACACUAUGUCUCGGUACCCGGUGGCGGUGCCUACUACUUUGCGAAAAAGUCCGUAAACGCCAGCCGCGCCAACCGACACGAAGAAAUCCUACGCCGCAGGGAGGAGGCCGCCCGUCAAGAGAAACGCGAAAUGGCCUUCUCUUCUGCAACAAGCGACAUGCCAGCAUCGUCACAAACUUCCCCAUCUCCGGGUGGUAUAGGAGUAACGCAAGCGGAACGUGCGAAAUCGGGAUCAGAUACGGAUGAUACGGCUAGUCCGAGCAGGGAGGCUGGACAUGAUCCUGCUGCAACGAGGCAUGAGCCAGAAACGCAGUCGGAGAGAGUUCAUGAGAAAGGGAAGUAUGAGGCGGCGGAACCCUAUAGGCCGAAGAGAGGAAAUCGGCUUUAG